ACGCGCAGCGCUGGAGGACCGCAGAGAAGAAGAUGGCUACGGCGGAGCACGAAGGGCCAGCGCCGUGCGUCGUACUCCGUGACGGCUAGACAGGGGACGGGGGGUAAAAAUGGGGUCGCAGACCCUGCAAAUCCUGCGGCAGGGCGUGUGGGCUUCAGUGACGGGCGGAUGGUACUAUGACCCGCACCAGAACACCUUUGUGAACGCGCUGCACCUUUACCUGUGGCUGCUGCUCCUCUGCCUCCCGUUCACGCUCUACAUGGCAUUGCCCCCUACCAUGGUAAUCGUGGGUAUCUACUGUGGCGUGAUAGCCGGUAUGUUCGGACUGCUGAAGGCAGUGAAUUACCGCCUGCACACUGCUCUGGAUGAAGGUGAGGUGGUAGAGCUGCGUGCCAAAGGAAGUGAGCGGCGGGGUCAGGGGGCGGAGCGUCAACGUGAGGGUACCAACACUCGGCAGGAAGACUCAAACGGCCCUGGGGAUCCGGGAGGUGGAAUAGAGAUGUCUGAUUUUCCACGAGAGGAGACGCCACCGGUCGACUGUAGUUCACGAAACUCAUAUGUAGGGAUGGACUCCAGCCAUCAGAUAACAUCCCACGGUGGCCCAGUCACAACAAAACGAGCAGGAGUUGGAAAGAUUCCUGAUGACAUCAGCUUGAGUUUGGCUCCAAGCUGCAGUCAGGACCAAGAUUUGAUGUCAGACCCAAAGAUGUUCUGCCUCGUAUCCAACGACUCUUUCGCCUCCAUGCAGCCAUCAACCUCACUGGCUCAAGACCUCUAUGGCUCCACCCCCCACCCAUUCAGCCAGUCACUAUCCUCAUGCGAUACAGAAAUCACUGCCCAUCUUUCCACCCACUCACAAUCCUUCCGUAAAGAGUCGUCUCGUCCACGCGGAUUGCCUCGCACCUCAAGCUCUGCUGGGUCUGCUUUUCCAGAUCCUUCGAUGCCUGAGUUCAGCCUGUUUCCUCCACCACGCAGAGGAGGACUGGAUCCCGUGUGCGAAAUGGAGGCCUCCAAGUCACACAAGGCGACGGAGAGCUCCGAGCAGCCAGACUCCAGAACUCCUAGCACUUCAGGAACGGUAUGUCACAGUUCGUCUCAGAAAGAGUGCCGCAGGAUAUCACGGUCCGUCUCCCGGGAAGAGGAGUGUCCGGGGGAAGGGGGGUCUGGUCUGUACCAAUCAGGGGCUAUUCAAGGGGGUCGGGCAAGAAAAGGUGGACGGAGUGCCGAAAGUUUGCUGAGUUUAAGCACACGCAGUAGCGGCUCCACCGAGAGCUACUGUAGUGGAACGGACAGGGAUACUAACAGCACCCUGAGCAGCCUACACAGUGAGCAGACCAGCUCUACACACGUGGAGAGCCUGCUGUCACUGUCUGGGGACGAGAAAGUGAUGUCAGGACACGGUGAUCCACGGAACUCUAAUGUGGCCUCUGGGGAGGCUAAUAAAAAUCCCCAUGCCAAUGAACUCGCCACUAAACUGCCCUCCGUUGAUGUCCCCAACUCCUCCAAUUCAGAAGGCCAAAAGGAGGAGGGGACUCAGGAGGCGGGGUCAAGGACUAGCGCAGAUGUCUCUGCUGUCAACACCCACCAGCACAAAGAGGCGGAGCCAGACAAAGUGCGACCCAAAACGGGCAAUCUUAUUCACAGGGCUGCCUCUUCGUCCGGCGCAAGCCGCAGCGGUCGCCGACGGAACGGUAAGCAGCGCGCAAGCAGUUUUGACGCCAGCAGGCACCGGGAAUACAUUUGCGGGCGUGGCCUGGCAAAGCCUCGCUCGGCAGUGUUCGUGAAAGGAGAAGAAGACUCCAGCGACCAGAGUGAACUUAGUUGUGCCUCCAGCCUGCACUCCACCCACCAGCUCAGCACAGACUCCUCAUCCAGCACACCCCACUCAUGCCCCUCUCCCGAGGAUCGCCGCACCACCCUGCGGGCCAAAAUGCACAGUGCGCAAAGCCACAGACAGAAGGAUAAGGAAAAAGAAAGAGAGAAGGAAAAGGGAAAACGCAGAGCUUCACGUCGCACUCCUAGUACGGGCAGCGCUAAAACGCACGCCCGGGUUUUGAGCCUGGACAGCAGCACGACGGCUUGCCUUAAUGACUCCCAUCUUUUGGGGGCGCCAGCGAGUUCCAGACCCCUUACGACCUCCAAGUCAGACUUGGAGGCAAAAGAGGGUGAGGUGUUGGAUGCAGCGUCGCUACUGGGAAGAGCUUCUCAACUUGAGUCAGUGACCCGGUCCAGAAACAGCCUGCCUUGUCCUAUUACCCUGAGUCACACACAAGACCCAGCGACAGGAUCACGUGCAGCUCCAGUAAAUGAUGACACUGUCACUUUCCGCCGCGAGCGAAGUACGUUCCGUCGACAAGCUGUGCGAAGACGGCACAACGCAGGGAGUAACUCCACUCCCCCCGCCUCUCUCAUCGGAUCUCCGCUCAGUCUGCAGGAGGCUCUGAGUCAGGUAUCUCAAGCCUCAGGGUCACAGGUCAGAGGUCAGCCAUCCCGCACGCCGUCUCAGGUGACGGUAUUGAGCACUAGCGCCUCCCUGCUGGUCAGGAAUGGAAGUGCGCAGCUGGAGGGCUGUCCAGAUAAGGCCUCCACUGUGGGUGUGGCCAGCCUGCAGGAUGAUUUUGGGAAGCUGACCCCACCUCUUUAUGAGGUCGGAGAAUGUGACAUGUCCCUGGUGAACUUUGAACCCGCAACCAGGCGAGCCUCCAACAACCUCUGGGAGACAGACUCCCACCUCUCCAGUUCUACCUCAGUUCGUUUUUACCCUCAUGACCUGUUCUCUUUUCCUCAGAUGCGUCUAAAUCGGCUGCUCUCCAUGGACCCAGAGCUGUUGGAACAGCACGAUGUCGAUGGCAGUCCUGACCUGCAGGAGGCUCCGCACUGCACGCAGGACUCCGCCCACAAUCACUCGCACACGCACGCACACAAAACCAAGCAGUACUACCGAUUCUGGCUCUUGCCGCACCUCUGGGUCGGGCUGCACUUUGAUAGACUCACACUACUGGCCCUCUUUGAUAGGAACCGGGAGGUUCUAGAGAACAUGCUCUCCGUGGUUCUGGCGGUUCUCGUGGCCUUUUUGGGUUCAGUGAUGCUAGUCAACGGGUUCUUCACUGACAUUUGGGUCUUUCAGUUUUGCCUUGUUAUUGCCAGCUGCCAGUACUCAUUACUGAAGAGCGUCCAACCUGAUUCUUCCUCCCCCCGACAUGGUCAUAACCGUAUCAUCGCCUACAGCAGGCCAGUCUAUUUCUGUCUCUGCUGUGGGCUGAUCUGGCUGUUGCAUUAUGGGAGUGUAAACAGCAGCACUAGUUCAGUGUCUCUGUAUGGAGUCGCUCUCACCAGCUCCGUCCUACUGUCCCAGGCCCGAGAUCUCCUCAUCGUUUUUACCCUGUGCUUCCCCAUCAUCUUCUUCAUUGGGCUGCUCCCUCAGAUUAACACUUUCGUCAUGUACCUACUUGAGCAACUUGACAUACAUGUCUUUGGAGGAAACGCAUGCACCAGUCUGCUCUCGGCUCUCUAUAGCGUCCUGCGCAGCAUCGUCACUGUAGCGAUGCUCUACGGGUUUUGCUACGGAGCCUUGAAGGACUCGUGGGAUCCUCAGCACAUUCCUGUACUUUUCUCAGUGUUUUGUGGGCUGUUGGUUGCCGUUUCGUACCAUCUCAGUCGCCAGAGCAGCGACCCCUCCGUGCUUAUCUCUUUAGUGCAGUCAAAGGUCUUCCCUAACAUAAAAGAGAAAAAUCCAGAAGAUCCCCUGGCUGAGGUGAAGGAUCCUUUACCUGAGAAACUUCGUAACUCUGUGAACGAGAGACUGCAGUCAGAUAUGAUUGUGUGUGUCGUCAUCGCUGUACUGUAUUUCGCCAUACAUGUGAGCACAGUCUUCAUCGCCUUACAGCCGUUUUUGAGCUAUGUUCUAUAUGGUCUAGUGGGGGCAGUAGGCCUGUUAACUCAUUACCUGUUGCCUCAGAUGAGAAAGCAGUUACCCUGGUACUGUUUCUCGCACCCGCUGCUCAAAACCAGGGAGUACUAUCAGUUUGAAAUCCGGGGUGCAGCCCAUGUCAUGUGGUUUGAGCGUGCUCAUGUGUCGCUGCUGUUUGUGGAGAAGAACAUCCUGUAUCCUCUGGUUGUGCUCAAUGAGCUGAGCGGCAGCGCGCAGGAGCUCGCCAGCCCUCGGAAACUCAACACAGAGUUUGGCGCUCUAAUGAUAACUGUCGCUGGGCUGAAACUGCUCCGUUCUUCCUUCAGCAGUUCAACAUAUCAGUACGUCACUGUCCUCUUUACUGUCCUGUUCUUCACUUUUGAUUACCAGCAGUUCUCUGAGACGUUGCUGCUUGACCUCUUCAUCAUGUCCAUUGUCUUCAGCAAGUUAUGGGAGCUCUUUUAUAAGCUGAAGUUUGUUUAUACGUACAUUGCUCCGUGGCAGAUCACCUGGGGCUCUGCCUUCCACGCCUUCGCCCAACCGUUUGCAGUGCCACAUUCGGCCAUGUUGUUCGUUCAAGCCAUCGUUUCUGCCGUGUUCUCCACUCCAUUGAACCCGUUCCUCGGCAGUGCCAUUUUCAUCAGUUCAUAUGUUAGACCUGUGCGCUUCUGGGAGAGAGAAUACAAUACUAAGCGAGUGGAUCAUUCCAACACCAGACUGGCCUCUCAGCUUGACAGAAACCCAGGUUCAGAUGAUAACAACCUGAACUCAAUCUUCUACGAGCACCUGACGCGUUCCCUGCAGCAUUCUCUGUGUGGUGAUCUUCAGCUGGGCCGCUGGGGAAACUACAGCACUGGAGAUUGCUUCAUCCUGGCAUCUGAUUACCUCAACGCUCUCGUUCACCUCGUCGAGAUUGGCAACGGACUCAUCACCUUCCAGCUCCGAGGACUUGAGUUCAGGGGGACGUACUGUCAGCAGAGAGAAGUAGAGGCGAUAACGGAAGGAGUUGAAGAAGAUGAAAGCUGCUGUUGUUGUGAACCUGGUCAUCUGCCCCACCUGCUGUCAUUUAAUGCUGCCUUCGGCCAGCGCUGGCUGGCAUGGGAGGUUCUGGUCACUAAAUACGCCCUGGAAGGCUACAGCAUCACCGAUAACAGCGCAGCGUCUAUGCUGCAGGUCUUUGAUCUGCGGAGAAUCCUCACCACGUACUACGUCAAGGGCAUCGUUUACUACGUCAUUGCGUCUCCUAAACUGGAGGAGUGGCUGGCGAAUGAAGUCCUUCUCGAAGGUCUGAAGAGCUGCGGAGAGCACAACUAUGUGGACCUGGAUCCGACCUUUAACCCCAACAUUGAUGAGGACUAUGACCACAGACUGGCCGGAAUCUCUAGAGACAGUUUCUGCUCCGUCUACCUACUGUGGAUUCAGUACUGUAAUUCACGGAGAGAGAAGCCACUGGACAGUGAAAAAGACUCUAAGUUGGUUCUGCUUUGUUAUGGUCUGUGCGUUUUGGGAAGGAGAGCCCUAGGAACUGCAUCUCACCAUAUGUCCAGUAAUCUGGAGUCAUUCCUGUACGGGCUGCAUGCCUUGUUUAAGGGAGAUUUCCGGAUCUCAUCCGUAAGAGACGAAUGGAUCUUUACUGACAUGGAACUGCUGAGGAAGGUGGUCGUGCCUGGAAUACGCAUGUCACUCAAACUGCACCAGGAUCAUUUCACAUCACCCGAUGAAUACGAGGAGUCAUCUGUGUUGUUUGAAGCUAUCUCGACCCACGAGCAGACACUUGUGAUCGCUCACGAGGGCGACCCGGCCUGGCGCAGUGCGGUGCUGUCCAACUCUCCCUCUCUGCUCGCCCUCAGACACGUGUUGGAUGAAGGAACUAACGAAUAUAAGAUCAUCAUGCUUAACAGACGCUACCUCAGCUUCAGGGUCAUAAAGGUGAAUAAGGAGUGUGUGCGUGGCUUGUGGGCGGGCCAGCAGCAGGAAUUGGUGUUUUUGCGGAACAGAAACCCGGAGCGCGGAAGCAUCCAGAACGCCAAGCAAGCGCUACGCAACAUGAUCAACUCUUCCUGCGACCAGCCAAUCGGAUACCCCAUCUAUGUGUCACCCCUGACAACCUCUUACUGUAAUACACACCCACAGCUGGGAUACGUACUGGGUGGACCAAUCAGCAUCAGCAACAUAAGAAACUUCAUUGUUAACACUUGGCACAGACUGCGUAAAGGUUGCGGUGCCGGCUGUAACAGUGGUGGGAACGUAGAAGAUUGUGAUGCAGGCGGUCUGUCGUGUGGCAGUGGGAAUUCUGGGACAGGAGCUAGUGAUUCCCAGCACAGCUCAGGACCUACAGCACUACAUGCUUACACACCUCAUUCUUUAGGUAUGAGUCAGAGUUCUCAGUCUGUACAGUCUGGUUUAGUGCGACAGUCACCCGCUCGUGCUUCUGUGGUGAGUCAGUCGUCCUCGUAUCGGCACAGCAGCAGCCGUCAGUCUUCACUCCGCACCUCUGUGACGGGUCUGGAGCCCUGCAGACGAUCCUCCAGCAGCCAGCUGUCUCUCCGCACGCUGCCCACCUCCCUCCAACUCCGCCUGGGCACCAAUGCUUCAGCUGCCUCCGACCCGCCCGGCCCCUCCAGUUCCCUGUCCGCCCACUCCAUCCCUCCCUGUAAAAGACACGCCCACGCGCUCGCAGGCCUGCUGGGAAACGAGGCCUUAGGGCUGGGGACGGACAGCCAUCCUCACCCCCACCAUCAUCUUCACCACAUCCACCAUCAUCAUCACAAUCCGUCGCUGUCCUGUCUGAGGAGGGAUGACAUCUCUUAUAGAGUGCAGAUCGUGGAUGUCAGUCAGGUGUUGGAUGUGAUGAAUCAGUCAAAGAGGAAGGAGCUUGUGUGGCCGGAUGAGAGCAUGAGACUGAGAGCCGGACGGAACUUCUGGAGAGAGUGGUGCCCCCUAGAGGGCAUGGAGGGUCACGUGAGUGCAUCACCCAUUCUACCAUUUCAUAUUAUUUUUCAAAAUAUAUUAUUUUUUUAUCUCAUCUGUAGGUGGUUCAUCGUUGGGUGCCUUGCAGCCGUGACCCGGUUAGUCGAUCUCACAUCGAUAAAACCAUCCUGCUGGUACAGGUGGAAGAUAAACUGGUUCCUAUUGUUGAGACUGGAGUAAUUGAACUGGGGGCAGAGGUGUGAGGACACACAUGCUUUUAAUGUCAGGCCUCCGCACGUGCCGAUGGACAACAAUCCACACUCCUUCUCAGCUGCUGAUCAGGGCGCAGGAAGCCAGGGAAUUGUGCAAAAGGAAAAAAUACACACACACCCUGCAAGAAGCACACUUGCUAAAAUCCGGACAGAAAGCUGCCUUGCUCCGUGUUUCUCGGAUAUGCUGCAUGAGAGAUCAGCUCCUGUAAACUUUUCUCUCUCUCCGUUUCUCCUUUAUGAGCAGCAGUGGUCUCAUUCUGUCUUUAAGUUUCUAUGCAUCUCAUCAGCUGUCUGUAAACACAUGCAAACACGCAGGGAACAUUGAGACAUGCUUGAUACAGUACACACAGAGAAAAACGUUUUUUAUUGCAACUACACUUUAGUUUUAUUUUGUAUUUUCUGCCAAAUUAAGUCAGGGGCAGUGUUGCCCUGGAAAUGCAGUGAGUCAGACUGUGUUUAAUAGCUGCCAAGAUAGACGGAUGAGGAUGGUGAAGAUGAUCCAAUGGGAUCUCAUACAGACCACCUUUAUCCCCGUAUAUUUUGUUAAGGAUACAUUUCAAAACAGAGACAGGUGUUAUGAGAAACUUUAACUUGCACUAUGAGGUGUUUUUUUUUUGUUUUUGAUUUGCAGCUGUGCACUACUCUCUUAGAUCACACAUUAUUUAUUCCUAUGCGGUUUGAAUCGCUAUGGUUACCGAUGCCUUUGGAAUGAUAAAUGCGAAAUCAUAGACACAUUCUAUUUCUGCCAUUUUUUCUUGAGGACGGAGGUGGUUUUUACCACAUGUAGUUAUGUAUGAAUAUAUAUAUAUAUAUAUGUGUGUGUGUGUCUGUAAAAAGAUUUGGCUUUGAAUAUUUAUUAUUGUAUUUACAUUUUGUUAUAUUGUUUUUCAUUUACUGGACAAAUAAAGAUGCAUAAAUAUAAAGAA